GUGGUCUCCUCCAUCCAGCUCUGCCAGCCUCAUCUGCCUUCCACGCCUGCGUCUUUUCGGAGGGGCCCCAGGGGUGAGACAGCCUGUCUCCUGUCUGGCUGUGGGGAAGGAGCAGACACGAAACAGAUGGAAAUAUGGCAGUGUCCUCUAGGCAGUGGGCAUAGAGACGCUGCAGGCCCUAUGACUGUCAGCUGUAGUGAAUGUUAAAAGCAAGUUGAGAGGCAAAUUGAGUUCCUCGUACCUGGUGAUGUAAAUUCAAGGCAGGAAAGAACCGCCGUGACAGGGAUUUAAAUCACUUUGCAGGCAGUGGCUGUGGGCUCUGGGACAGCUGCUGUCUCUUCACAGAGCUGGAUAGUGACCUCUGACCUCUGAGAAGAGCCUCUCUGGACCUGCUGACAGCCUCUGCUACUCAACCUUACUGAGCGCAAUGUCAGGCCAUCACACUCCCUCUGCUGGGGGUCCCUUCUCAGCACUCACUCCCAGCAUUUGGCCUCAGGAGAUCCUGGCAAAAUACACACAGAAAGAAGAAUCUAUCGAGCAGCCAGAGUUCCGCUACGAUGAAUUUGGCUUCCGAGUUGAUAAGGAAGAUGGUGCUGAGCCAAACUCUAGCAAGCUUCUGGGGGUCCCGCUGACAGAGGAGCCCCAGCAGAGGCUCAAGUGGCAGGCUCAUCUGGAAUUCACACACAACCAUGACGUGGGUGACCUCACCUGGGACAAAAUCGAGGUCACCCUACCGCAUUCAGACAAGCUGCGCUCCCUGGUGCUAGCCGGCAUUCCUCACAGCAUGAGGCCACAGCUGUGGAUGCGCCUGUCGGGAGCCUUGCAGAAGAAGAGGAAUUCAGAGAUGUCAUAUCGAGAGAUUGUGAAAAACAGCUCUAAUGAUGAAACCAUUGCUGCCAAACAGAUUGAAAAGGACUUGCUCCGCACGAUGCCCAGCAACGCCUGCUUCUCCAACAUGAACAGCAUCGGGGUGCCGCGGCUGCGCAGGAUACUGCGGGGACUUGCCUGGCUGUACCCGGACAUUGGGUAUUGCCAGGGCACUGGCAUGGUGGCUGCCUCUCUGCUGCUCUUCUUGGAGGAGGAAGAUGCAUUCUGGAUGAUGUGUGCUAUCAUUGAGGAACUGGUUCCUGCCUCCUACUUCAGCACCACCCUGAUGGGCGUGCAGACUGACCAGCGUGUCCUGCGGCAGCUCAUCGUGCAGUACUUGCCCCGCCUGGACAAGCUGCUCCAGGAGCACGACAUUGAACUCUCCUUGAUCACCUUGCACUGGUUCCUCACCUCUUUCGCUAGUGUUGUCCACAUCAAGCUGCUGCUUCGUAUCUGGGACCUCUUCUUCUACCAGGGCUCUGUGGUGCUUUUCCAGGUCACUUUAGGCAUGCUCAGUAUGAAGGAGGAUGAACUCAUCCAGUCUGAAAACUCUGCCUCGAUCUUCAACACGCUGUCGGACAUCCCCAGCCAGAUCGAGGACGCCGAUGUGCUGCUGCGGGAGGCCAUGCGCGUGGCCGGCUCCCUGACGGACGUGGCAGUGGAGACCCAGCGCCGCAAACACUUGGCCUACCUCAUUGCUGACCAAGGGCAGCUGCUCAGCUCCACCACUGCUGUCAACAACUUAUCCAAAAUCGUGCGGCGCAGGACUCAGCGCAGGAAAUCUGGCAUCACCUCUCUGCUUUUUGGGGAUGAUGAUCUGGAGGCACUGAAAGCCAAGAACAUCAAGCAGACGGAGCUGGUGGCCGACCUGCGUGAGGCCAUUCUUCAGGUGGCACGGCACUUCCAGUGUGUGGAUCCCAAGAACUGCAGCAUUGAUCUGACUCCAGACUACAGCAUGGAGAGCCACCAGCGGGACCACGAGAACUACGUGGCCUGCUCCCGGAACCGCCGCCGGCGCGCCAAGGCGCUGCUGGACUUCGAGCGGCACGACGACGAUGAGCUGGGCUUCCGCAAGAACGACAUCAUCACGAUCAUUUCUCAGAAGGAUGAGCACUGUUGGGUGGGAGAGCUGAAUGGACUGAGAGGUUGGUUUCCUGCAAAAUUUGUGGAGAUCUUGGAUGAGCGGAGUAAAGAGUACUCCAUCGCUGGAGAUGACUCAGUGACAGAAGGGGUGACAGACCUGGUGCGAGGGACACUGUGUCCAGCCUUGAAGUCCAUAUUUGAACAUGGAUUGAAGAAGCCAUCUUUGCUGGGGGGGGCCUGCCAUCCCUGGCUGUUCAUUGAAGAGGCUGCAGGCCGGGAGGUGGAACGGGACUUCGACUCGGUGUACUCUCGCCUUGUGCUCUGCAAGACUUACAGGCUUGAUGAAGAUGGCAAAGUUCUCACUCCAGAGGAGCUGCUUUACCGGGCCGUGCAGGCUGUGAACAUGACACACGACGCUGCACAUGCACAGAUGGAUGUGAAGCUCCGGUCCCUCAUCUGUGUUGGGCUCAAUGAGCAGGUGCUGCAUUUGUGGCUGGAGGUGCUGUGCUCAAGCCUGCAGACUGUGGAGAAGUGGUUUCAUCCCUGGUCGUUCCUGCGCAGUCCUGGCUGGGUGCAGAUCAAAUGUGAGCUGCGAGUCCUCUGCAAAUUUGCCUUCAGCCUCUCUCAGGACUGGGAGCUGCCAAUCAAGAGGGAGGACAAGGAGAAGAAGCCACUGAAGGAAGGUGUGCAGGACAUGCUUGUGAAGCACCAUCUCUUCAGCUGGGACAUAGAUGGGUGACCCCCACUCCACCCCAUCCUGGGGAACCUUCUCAAUGGCACACACUCCUUCCCCCCACUCCCAUCGUCUCUCACCCCCUGCCCUUCCCCACCCUACCCGCUUGUAUCUGUGACAAAAUCCCCCUGGGGGAGGGGGGCGCUGCCAGGCCACCUUGGACAGAUGGCAACAGUUCUGAGAGGCCAGGCUGCAGACCCAAAUGAGGUGAUGGUUGAGGCUGAUACUGCAAAGUGACAAGUGUGUUCUGGCCGCAAAAACAAGUGCCCCCUCCCAGCCUUGCCCAUCUCUGCCACUACCAUGUCCUGUUUGCCUCAGCCCUGCCUCCCCCUCGGUGCCUGGGGGAGCAGCCAGGCCCACUGCCCCAUGGGCCAGCAGCUGCUGUAGCUGUGGGGAAGAGGCAGCCCUUGUGGGGUGGCUUUGAACAGUGAGAGCUGCUGCUGUUGGCAGCUGGCACUGCAGGUGCAAGUUGAAUUGGGCUGGUGAGAGACUCCC